GCCGGACCACGCCAGGCCGCUGCUGCCUCCGGUGAUGCCUCCGCUCUGGGCGAUGCUGGCGCUCAGCUGCCUGCGGAUUGGCUGGACCGUUGACCUCCAGCCCCAGCUGGCCAGCAUAACCUUCGCCACCAACAACCCCACGCUCACCACUGUGGCCUUGGAAAAGCCCCUCUGCAUGUUUGACAGCACAGAGCCACUUGAGGGUACCUAUGGAAUCUACCUCUACGUCAUGGCAGACUUGGCUGGCUUCAGGAACACCUCUGUACUGGACAGGGACAAGACCCCCCUGAGAGCCACGUUCCAGGAAACCAUGGGCGGAAGGACGGGUCCCUACAAAGCCGCUGCCUUUGACCUGACAGCCUGCAGUGAUCUGCCCAACCUGGAUGCCGUCAGGGAUGUGAACCAGGCCUUGGGGAUCCUGGACGCCUACCUAGUCCGGGUGGGGGACAACAGGAGCUGCCUGUGGGACCCCAACUUCCAGGGCCUGUGCAACGCCCCGCUGUUAGCAGCUACAGCCUACAGGUUCAAGUAUGUCCUGGUCAACAUGUCCACAGGCCUGGCGCAGGACGAGAGCCUGUGGUCGGACCCCAUCCGCACCAAGCAGCCCACCCCCUAUGCGGCCAUCGACACGUGGCCCGGCAGGCGCAGUGGAGGUAUGAUCGUCAUCACCUCCAUCCUGGGCUCUCUGCCCUUCUUCUUGCUUGUGGGCUUCGCCGGCGCCAUUGCUCUCAGCUUCCUGGACAUGGGCGGCUUUGAUGGGGAGACCACGCACGACUCGCAGAUCACACAGGAAGCGGUCCCCAAGUCCCUGGGGGCCUCAGAGCCAGCCUACGCGUCCGUGAACCUCAGGCCGCCGCUGGACAGGGCAGAAGUGUUCCCCAGCAAGCUGCAGGACUGAGCGGCCUCGAGAUCACGGUCUCCUCCCCGAGGCCAGGCCGAGGACUGGGGCGGAAACAGGGUGGGCUGGUCCCGCGUGGGGAAACUUAGUGCGUCCCUGAGAUGUGCGGUCCAGAAAGUGUGUAUGGAAUAAAUGGAGCGUCGAGUCCUCCUGAGGGCUUCACCUGCGUCCUUGCUGGGCAAACAACCACCAUGAAACGGAUAGGGCCAGGCUUGAUGGCGCAGGCCGUAACCCUAGCACUCAGGAGGCUGAG